CAGCAAAGGGAAUUUUUUUUACCCACGAGCGGAAAUUCGUCCCAGCUGGGAUUCGAACUCACGACCUCAUGGGAGCGACGCUACCGGGCUGGGCUAGCCAACUCGGCUGCCCAACCUUUCGCGGCAUCCCUUGUUCAGAUCAUCAUGAUCAAUACCAGUGCUGUCGUUGCUGUUGAUGAUAGAGAUGGUGGGAGCAUGGGUCCUCCAUUUGAGCUGCUUGUUAAGGGAGUCUGGACCUUUUACCUUGGUAUGAGCUAUAUCAUUCUCUUUAUUAACCGCGACGGUUUUUAUUACCCCGACGACAUAAUUCAUAUUGCCCUUGAAGUGGUGCCUUUUGCUGUCAUAUGUAUUAAAAUGGUAUUCAAAUAUUGUGCAUUUGAAAAGGCACGGCAAUCCUUUGCUCUCGGACGCAAUCCCCAUCUUAUUUUUGGGCACAUGAAGCAACAAACAAGCCACCAUGGUGAACUAGUGGUAUGUGAGGAUGCACCUCCUCCGUUGCUGGUUAUGGGAGAAGAGAAAAGACACGUGGAGAAGCAGCCCCUUGGGUAUGUUUUCAAGGAUAACAAUGGCCUGGUGACUAUUGAUUGAGUUUGGAGGUUGGAUCACAUGCUCCCAACAUCAACACUAAAGCCUCAAAAGGACUUACGCUUCUCAUUUGCAUUGUUCAAGUUGUUGCGGUGCCGAUUUGCAAGGUACAAGGUCACAAAUAAUGCUGGCUCCAAGUCCAUGGACGCCUUGAGCUUUUUCUGGAGCUUAUUGCUGAAGGAUGGAGAACAUGACAGGGUCUUUUUGGUUAUUUCGGAUGAGCUUUCUUUCCUUCAUGAUUAUUAUUAUUCAUCCCUCCCGAUCUAUUACUCAAGAUAUUGGUUGCCCAUUCUGGGUAUCUUUAUCUCACUAUUGUGCAUAGUUUGCUGUGUAUUGUUGAUCCCAAUGCUUGUGUGGCGUGUGGUGACUGGGGGAAACCUCCCUCAGGUUAGUUGCUCUAUUUUUUGCAUUCGAAAACGACUGCUCAGCGACACCUGGCAUCUAGAAGAAUUUGGAAGCUGGUAUCUCGAUCUAGUGCCAGUAUUUUUGCUUUUGGUGUUAGUCAUGAUGGCUGAGGUGAGGGACAUAGCUUCCUACAUCUGCUCCAACUGGACUAAAGUUGCCCUCAUCUGCCACCUUGUAAAUCGUGCCUCUUCGCCGCAUAAUUCUUCACUUCUCAAGGAGAGAUGGAUUGGUCGUCUAUUGUGUUGCAGAUGCAGGCUGAUGAAGCAUUAUUGGGAUGAGAAAAUAGGCCAGUGCUCUAUCCUGGAGAUUGGCCCGAGCACAACAACCCUGCUUGUACCUCUAAUGCGUCUCCUCCGUUUGCCGGAUCAGAAUAGGAAGGUCAAGGUGCCAGCAGCUGUUAAGGUUUGCAUCAUGGAAGUCCUAAGAAGCAGUAGAAAUUGGCACCUUAGCAACGGCACAUCAUGUCUCCACCGCCAGGGCCACGUUGGUGAAAGGUUUCUCUGGGCUUGCAGCAACAAGAGCACAUCUCGUCCCAUACUCACUUGGCACAUCGCCACAAGCAUCCUCGAGGUCAGGUACACACACCUGGAUGGCGAGGAACAAGGUUCGAGCACUCAUAACUAUAAGAUCGUUGCCACUCGGCUGUCAGGGUAUUGCGCCUACCUUGUGACAUGGUGUCCUGACUCCUGAGUUGCUUCCUGACGACGACGAAUGGAGCAGGAGCCUCUACGAAGAUGUCAAGAUGGACGUUGGGCGUGUCCCUGCCGGCUACGCAGCAGUAGGCUCAUUGACGCCGGAAGCCAGAUGCCAACAGCUGAUUGAGUUGCUAGCUGCAGAUGCAAAGCAUGAGGUGCUCAAGGAAGGCGCGCGGCUGGGGGAGCAAUUGGUAGAGCUGAUGGUCAUCGAAGGGGAGGAUAUGACGGCGGUGUGGAAGUUGAUGGCUGAAUUCUGGUCGGAGAUGAUCCUGUAUGUCGCGCCGUCCGACAACGUGAAAGGGCACAAGGAGGCCAUUGCCAGGGGCGGGGAGCUGAUAACGCUGCUCUGGGUGCAGCUCUUCCUUGCCGGGAUCGUCAGCAGGCCGAGUGAAGAAGACGACGCUGCUUCUACUUCUGAUGGUGCCGUUUAGUUUACUUGGAGUCCUUGCUCUGCUAUUGGACUUGCUCUGUU